AUGGUCACUCUCUCUGGAGCACACACCAUUAGACGCGCUCAUUGCUCAGCUUUCAGCAACAGAUUAUACAACUUCAGCAGCACUUCAAGCCAGGAUCCAAGUUUACAUCCCUCAUAUGCUGCAUUAUUGAAGAGGCAAUGUCCACAAGGAAACACAAACCAAAACUUGGUGAUACCAAUGGACCCUUCUAGCCUUGGAACUGCAGAUGUAGGGUACUAUAUUGAUAUCUUGGCACAUAGAGGCUUAUUCACAUCUGAUCAGGCUCUCUUAACUACGACUGGAACAGCCAGACAAGUUAAUCAAAAUGCUAGGAAUCCUCUUUAUUUCUCUUGCAGAUGUCUUGAUGUCCGGAAAACCUUAUAUCAGAGUGAUCAUAUUCAGGGUUGGAAUAACAAAAGGGUUAUUUCUUCGGACAAAAGUGGUCGAAUUAUUUUGGUGUUGGAUACUACUCCAUCUUCUCACAGAAACAAGUGUUUGGUGAUCGCAAAAUUGCAGAAAAGUCGGGAAAAAGGCCGAAGAAUCGAUGAUUUGGACAAUGCUGAAGUUAUCAGUGCUUGGAGAUAUUCGCCCGGCGCAUGA